UUUCUAUUGAACAUUCGCAUUGGAAUCGGAAAAACUCUAAUUUCUCUUGUUUGUUUAAUAAACAAAUGUGGAAAAGUUAGAAAAGUAAAUAUGGAUAAAUCAACUCUAUGCCGAUUAUGUGUGGAAAUUUGCGCCGAUUGCAAAAACCUUUACGACGAGGAUGGCAGCAGUACACAAGUGUACGAAACAACUGUAAAAUAUUUCGAUCCCAUGUUAUUAAGUUUGGAAUUGGACAAAUCUCUCACAGUGAUUUGUUUGCCAUGUUGGAGGCAUAUCAGCGAUUUUCAUGAAUUUCAGCAGACCGUGUACAAUGCCCAAACGAAGUUGGCAUUUGAUAUGAAGCAAGCCGACAUCAAGACUGAAGACGAUUCGCUUAACGAACACAUUCCGCUGGACAUUGUUAAGGAGGAUCCGGUGGAAAGUAUGCUGAUCGAUCAAUCACUCAACGUUACCACAGAAGAUGAUAAAUAUGAGAUAUCUCUGCCCGAAGAAUUUUAUGACGAACCUCAUAAUUCCGUUGAAUUUACUUCAGACGACGAAAGACCAUUGCUAGAAUGUCUAAAGAAAACCAGAAAGAAACGUACCAAAACAAAAAGUCCGAAUAAAAAGGAAGACAAUGGCAAAACUCCUAAGAAACGUGGAAGGAAGCCGAAAUGUGCUGAUGUCAACAAGUCCAGUGAAAUUGAUGUAAACAGUUCCAAGAAUCAAUGUGAUUCUUUUCCGUAUGGAGACAAUUCUCAAGAUGGGCAUUUAUCAUCAUCAAUUGGUGGCGACACCGAUGACAAUUCUGUCGGAAAACCACCAGCGAAAAACGUUGGUAGACAACGUAGAACCCAGGAAAUAGAUGAAUUUAUAGCUCAAUGGAAACAAGAUUUGGAAUGUGUCGUUUGUGGUCAACUUUAUCCGAAUCUUACGUCGCUGCGGAAACAUUUUCGAGAAUUCCAUCCCAAACAGAAAUGCUAUAUUACCUGCUGCCAACGCAAACUACGUCAUCGUUUUCAUAUCGAAGAGCAUAUUCGCAUUCAUUUAAAUCCCGAUGCCUUCAAGUGUGAUGUUUGCGGCAAAUGCUGUACAACGAGCCGGAGUCUAAAUAGUCACAAGCUUGAAAAACAUACCGCUGAAGGCCAAGAACGAACAUUCGAAUGUCCUAUAUGUCAGAAACGAUUUGCCAAGAAAACUGUCUUAAAAUGUCACAUUGAAACGCACAAAACUGGAACGGAUUAUGUGUGCAGUGAGUGUGGCAAAGGAUUUGCAACGGAACAGCGCCGCAAGGUUCAUGAACGAACCGUACAUAAUGUUGAUCGAGUUUGUGAUCAAUGUGGCAAGACCAUCCACGGUAUAUAUGCCCUGAAACAACAUCUACUAGAACAUCAGGGCAUUAAGAAGCCAAAAUGGCCCUGUGAUAUAUGUAAUGCCCAAUUGUAUUCACAUUCCAGUCUUAAGCGUCACAAACAAGUGGCGCACAAUGACGGCAGCACAGUAUACGUCUGUGGUGAAUGCGGAAAAAUUGCUGCAACCGAAACAGCACUGCGCAGCCACAAGAAGUAUGUCCAUCAAGCUGAACGCAAACACAAAUGUACAAUAUGCGAUAAAGCCUUUAAAGUGGCUGUUGUUUUGCGCGAACAUAUGGCUACGCAUACCGGCGAAGAUCUGUAUACAUGUCCGCACUGUCCCAAGACGUUUAAAGUCAGUUCCAACAUGCAUCAUCAUCGGAAAAAGGCACAUCCCAAAGAGUGGGCGGAAGGCAGAUUGAAUCGGCCCACAAUAGCAAAGGUUGAUAUCAAUCAAGUAUCAAACGAAGUGGUAUUGUAAAUAGAGUUAAUAAAUAUCAAAAUAUUUGCUAAG